AUGCCUCUGAGUGACACUACUGCCGAUACUGAUCCGACUAGUCUUGCCUGCGCCGUUAUAAUAACGCGUUAUAGUGUCGUCGUCGACGCGCUGGUGGGGCAUGGGCCAUUUGCUUGGGUGGGCCAUUCGCUUGUGGACCACAUUAAGCUAUAA